GGGAUGCAGAGAGAGGUACUCGACACAGUACAGCCCAGUCCGUGAUGGAGGUGCGCGCACACGGACACGCACACGCAGGUGAUCGCGCUCCCGUCUGCCUCUUCCUCUGUGUCUUUCCGAAGGGAGGAAGACUUACCCCGAAGUGAAGGGAAACGAAAGAUCAAGAUGCCGCUCGAACCCCCGUCCCCCUUCCUGCGGAGCGCUGGCUGAACCCCCCCCGCUCCCCCCGCCGCCACCCCCGGCUCCAUCUGCGCGAUUGCGCGUCUCCGUCGGACGGCUUUUCGGACAUCCUCCGCGUCCUCUCCUUGCGUAAAAGGCGGGCUCCGUCUCCGUGUCCUGCGCCGGUCCACCUGUUCCCCUCUCCCGCCGCCCCCCCACCCACCGAUGGACUCGUGCCCCCGGCCUGGACCGCGCGCCCAUGGACAAUGAAGACCACGCGUAAGUGCCGCGCGCUGCUCUCGGUCACCCUGAACCUGGUGGCCCUGUUCUUCUCCACCACGGCCUUCGUCACCACGUACUGGUGCGAGGGCACGCAGAGGGUCCCGAAGCCCAACUGCACCAAGGACCGGAGACACAACUGCAUCGACUACGGGCUCAACGAGUCGGACCAGAGCAAAGUGCACUACAGCUGGGAGACGGGCGACGACCGCUUCCUCUUCCGACACUUCCACACCGGCAUCUGGUACUCGUGCGAGGAGAACAUCGGGGGGGCAGGUGAGAAGUGCAGAAGCUUCAUUGAUCUGGCCCCCGCGUCGGAGAGGGGUGUCCUUUGGCUGUCAGUCGUGUCUGAGGUUCUAUACAUCAUGCUGCUGGUCGUGGGCUUCAGCCUCAUGUGCCUGGAACUCUUCCACUCAAGCAAUGUGAUCGAUGGUCUCAAGCUGAACGCUUUCGCCGCCGUCUUCACCGUGCUCUCAGGACUCCUCGGGAUGGUUGCCCACAUGAUGUACACCCAGGUCUUCCAGAUCACGGUCAGCCUCGGUCCAGAGGAUUGGAGACCUCACACCUGGGACUACGGCUGGUCCUUCUGCCUGGCCUGGGGCUCCUUCACGUGCUGCAUGGCGGCGUCCGUCACCACGCUCAACUCCUACACCAAGACGGUGAUCGAGUUCCGGCACAAGCGCAAGCUGCUCGAGCUGGGCCUCCGCGACGAACGGACGUUCCUGGACCAGCAGGCCUUCCACUACUUCCGCGACAGCUCCGUGCAGUCCGUCUCCGGCUCCGUGGAGGCCUUCCCGGGCCACGGGCACGGCGGGCUCAGCCGGGCCAAGGCGUGCGCGCCCGGAGCCGCCUCCGUGGACCUGGGAGACGGGCCGGACUCGCUGGGGGAGGAGCAGUGCUGAGAGGCGGAGGCCGGGGACGAGAUGCCAUCAUCCGAGAGGGACUCGGAGAAGGAUUCGCUAUCGAUCGCUGGGAAUGUGGUCGUGGCGAGAAUUUAGAACUCUAUCAGCUGGGCCUCCUUUCUAUUUCUAAGAUUUAAUGGAAGCCUGGUUUUGGUCUGGAGCUGUAGGACUGAGGGCUGAGGGCUGAGGGCUGGAGGGCUGCAGGGGGGCACAAGAGCAUCACGACACGGUCUGUCUUUCUCGAUUCUUCGACACUGAAGACGUUUAAUGAGAUUCGUUCUCCAGAAAUGAUGUUCCAUGAUGAACACGACGUUCUUCCAGCAAGGUAUGCGGCCGGGGUCCUGGCAGUGCUAAAAAAAGAAUUAUAAUGAACGGGAAGGCUCAUUAUUUGAUUUUUUUUUUUUAAAAAUCACUGCCACGGAUGUGCGGAGACGGUGGACUGUCCUAGAGAGUCAUAACGCGUGUGGACAGUGUCCCAUUAAAGGGCUUCUGUAAUUCCUUCAUUCCUGGUUGUAGGAAAGAAACGCGGCAAAUGAAAGGCGGCGCUGGACCUUUCUGGAAGAACAAAAAAUCCAUAAUCGGUUUUUAAACCUGCUGUUACCUACUGCUCUGUACACAGGUGAUGAAUCCGCGCCCGGGGUCACAUGUUGGCGUGCGUGCGCCGCUCCUCGACGUACGCACCUAAAAUGGUCCCCGAGUAACUCCAGAGUGACCGUUAUCUCUCAGUCAGUGUCAGUGAGAGUGUCACGGUACACACUUAUCCCAAAUAAUUAGCAUAUCAGCCUCUGUAAAAGCCUGGGAUUUUGCCAAACACUGUCAGCCUUUUUCACGCUCACUCGCUCUCAAAGGCUUUUAAUAAUAAUAAUAAUAAUAAUAAUAAUAAUGCACAUGGAUGAAGACGAAGGCAAUGCCCCCCCCGAAAACCAAGUACCUUUCUGCGUCCCGGGAAGGGUUUGCCCCACGAGGAGCCGCUCUCCUUCCGCUGCACGUCGCUCUGUGGCCUUUCUCUGCCUUUUACAUUUACUCAUUUACAUUUAUUUAUUUAGCAGAUGUUUUUCUCCAAAGCGACUUCCA